AUGCAGGAGUCCCCGGGGUCCCUGGCGAUGGAGGGCUACGCCAGCACGGUCCCGGCCUUUCUCACCAAGCUCUGGACACUGGUCGAAGACCCCGAGACCAACCAUCUUAUCUGCUGGAGCGUUAAUGGCACCAGCUUCCAUGUUUUUGAUCAGGGCCGAUUUGCAAAGGAAGUGCUUCCCAAGUAUUUCAAACACAACAACAUGGCCAGUUUUGUCCGGCAGCUGAAUAUGUACGGCUUUAGGAAAGUGGUGAAUAUUGAGCAGGGGGGGCUGGUGAAGCCCGAGCGAGACGACACGGAGUUCCAGCACCUGUAUUUCCUCCAAGGCCACGAACACCUCUUGGAGCACAUCAAAAGGAAGGUAUCGGUUGUGAAAAAUGAAGAAACCAAGAUGCGCCAGGAAGACCUUAGCAGGUUGCUGUAUGAGAUCCAGGUCCUCCGGAGCCAGCAGGAGACGAUGGAAUGUCAAAUGCAGGACAUGAAGCAGCAGAACGAAGUUUUGUGGCGGGAAGUUGUGUGUCUCCGGCAGAAUCAUUCACAACACCAAAAGGUGAUCAACAAGCUGAUUCAGUUUCUUUUCGGCCAGCUCCAAUCAAGCCCCAGCGUUGCGGGAAUAAAGAGGAAACUACCUCUUCUGUUGGAUGAUCGGAACGCCACUCCACAAAUGGCCAAGUUCAGGAGGCCCUUAUCUCUGGAUCCCCUUCAUGAUUCCUAUUUCAUCGAGUCUCCGUCUGCGGAACCGGCCCUGUGCCUCAGCAGCCCCACCGUCGCCAGAGGCCCCAUCAUAUCGGACGUCACGGAAGCGUUGCAGUCCGGCGCCGUGGUGAUGCAGCCUGCUCCCAGCGGAGAAAGGGCAGAAAUGCCCGAUGCUUUGGAUGCUGGUGCUGAUUUGAAUGUUGAAGGCCUUCAGAUCCUCCUGAGAAACCAGCAGUACAACCUGGAGGCCGGCAACACUCUGGAUGUCUUCAACCCUGCUCUAGCAGCCAGCGAGUGGAAUUUGAGUGACGUGGAGGCCAGUCUGUCCUCGUUUGUGUUUUUGCACCAAGAUGCAGAAGCUCGCUGUGGGUCUGGUGAGGAAUGCAAAUCCUUCUGAGUGUUUCCCUCAGUUUAAAGCCUCUUGCCCAGGGAGAGAUGUCGUUCUGGAAAGCAUCUUGUCGGACACCCAAGUCUUUGGGGGCAUCUUCACAAAGGCCCCGAAAGUUCCACUCCUUGUACUCAGUCCAGAACUACAGCUUCAUUCUUUUUCCCGUGCGGUCUUAAAAACCACGAUCGCAUCUUAUUAAAUCUGACAUCUCCACGUGAGAACGAGGAGCGAUUUUCUUGCAUAGCUUGAUGAGACUCUGUGUCUUCUCCUUUCUCCUGUCAGAACAUCUGCCCGCCUGGACGUGAGGCUCCAGUCACUCAGCAGCAGAUGCACCAAUGCACUGUGGGCGCUGUGGGUUUUUCCUCCGUCAGAAGUUUUCACAGCUCACCACCAUUCUCACUUCCACUGCUCACCAUCUCCUGAGAUGAAAGGGGCCAGUUUUCUGGGAUUCCUACCAAACUACAAAACCCAUAUGCCUUUCCCCCCCUCUCUCGCCUGACAAUGUGAGGAGACGGCGCAAUCAGUGACGAGGCAGAAACCUUCCCAUGAUUGAUUGAUUGAUUGAUUGAUUUAAAGUUUUUAUAUGCCAUCCCCUUUCUACGUAGCCUCCGGACGGCUCACAGAAUGAUGGAUCAGGAAGAUACAUAGCACUGUCCUUUUUCUUUUCCAUUAUCUUAUACCUCCUGUCUCAUAAUUAAAGCCCCAAAGAAUUUGCCUGUGCAACAGAUGUUGCAUCGUUACAGAAGUACUUUUUCGACCGCUCUCCUAAAACCUGGCACUAGCCAGACCAGCUUGGCAAGUAACAAAUUGAUCUUGGAGCUGGGCUGACCACAUUAUUUGACCACAUAAAACAAUUGUAUUAGAUCUAAAGUGAAUUUGGGCCGGGAAGAUAACUCAAAUUUUAGUCUUUUUUUGCAAGUAUUCUAAUUUUUAUUUAUCAAAUCUGACUAUUUUAGCAUUCCCAGUUAUGGGCACUGAAUUUUGGUGAGCUUUUUAAAGCUGUAGAAAAGCAUAGAUUAUGGAUGUAGCUUUGUAUUCACUGAAUUUUUAAAAAUGUUUCUUGCAAAGCUGAGUUUCAAAGAGCAAAAUUGGAAAAUGUGAAUGUAUGUGAAAUUUUUGUUUCAGUUCUGAUAGGCGCCUGUCUUUGAAGACCCAGGAUUUGAGAUGACUUUUAAGGGGAGUUAUCUUUUAAACUGCAGCAUGAGACAAACUUGCAGAAAUCCCUGAAUCCCCCUCUGCAGAUAGAACACGCAACACUGCCCUUCGCUUCUUUGCCAGUAGAAAGAUCUACAUCAUCUGGGCCUGGGCCAGGUUCCCCAAAAUAUCAAGAGUCUGUCUUGGGAAUGCACACGCCGCUUCCACUCUCUUCAUCUUAUUUGUCUGUAAUGCCUGUGAAGAGUUUUCACCAACUAACAUGAGUAGCAUGUUCACUACAGAAAGUAUUAUCACAGAGGUUAUCUUGAGUGGUUGAUUGAGCUGAUAUGAAUGUGGUGGAUUCCAGGGUGAGGAUGUGUUCAGAGCGGUUUCCCAGGUAGGUUAAGUGCUGCCAAGAAGAGAGGUGUUUAUUCCUGGAGAGUCCUUGUUUUGGAUUGCCAUCAGUGCUCUCUUGCUAAUUCCUUUGUGGGUCAUUUGGUCCCGUGGGUAUGAACGUAUUCUCAGCACCAUCCCUGAUUGGUAAUGAAGGAUUUGGUGUGGUGUAUCAGAAAGGUGAAUGUCUGAAAAGAUCCUUCUGUCUCGGAAGGACCCAUGAACUUUUGUUACCUCAAGGAAAGUGUGUUCCUAUAAAAUGCCUGUCGAGGAAAUGAGGAAUAGGAGUUUUUCUAGAAUUAUUGUAGAUUGGUGGAUACUACAGGAAAACAGCUACAGCUGUUUAAUAUCCUGUGGAAUGCGAUGGAUUGCUUGGUUUUAGAGAGAGGUGUCAAUAUUAAAACUCAGGCUUAGGAUCAUGGCUUCCCCCUGGUGAAUCUUGGGAUUGUUAGUUUGGUGAAAGUACUGAGAAUUGUCUUGUAGGAGUUCCCUAGCUCCACCCUCCAAGAAAGGGAGGAAAUGACUACUAAGCCAGUUCAAGUCAGUAGUGCAAAGGUGCCCACAUAAACAGAGAGAGAUGGGACCUAAGGGCAGGCUUAACUGGAGAUGCAGGCCAUCAGUGUCCAGUCCUGAAAUGCUGUAUUUGUUUCAAGGUUUUGGGCCUAGAACAUGGUACCUCUUAAAUGUGUUACUCUGAGCAUGUGCAAAAUGCCUUCAUUGCUGAGUAAGAGCACCAGCAGCAAACAGCCCACCCACCCACCUGUAUUAUGAAGGCAUGAUUUCUGGCAAAUCGUGAGUUUAGAAAUUAAGCACAAUUUGAAUGGUAGUGGUAGUACCUAUCUGUGAGUGGGAGAGAGAGCUGUUCCUCUUGCAGCUCUUUAUCUGCAUCUUGUAUAAUUAUCUGGAACUGUUGCAUCUCUCAUCUGUUCCUCGAGGCAGAUGGCUGAAACUCUUAAUAGUAAUAAGAAUAGUUCUGGCUGCGAUCUCUUGCACCAGGGAGUAAGCGCCACUGGGCAAGUGCUCAUCAGGGAUAUUUCACUAGAGAAUUAUAGGCUUGUUGUUCACUGGAUCUGUCAAUAUUUCCUAAAUCUCUUGUAAGUAUGAGAAACUACUGAUCUAUCCAUCCAUAGUUCUAACAGGGAAGGGGCAGGGCAGUAAAAAUGGUGGCAGUAAAGGGUGUACGCAGUUUUCUUGUAGUUGAUACACUGACUGCAUAGUUAUCUGGAUUUAAAAAAAACCAGUCUAAUAUCUUCUACACUUUUUGGAUCAGUUAGGCACUGCUUCCAAUGAGAGUUUCACAAAUUUUCUGUUUAUGAUAUAAAAACUGCCUGUGGUUAUGAAAAUUAUUUACUAGAAGACACACACAGUUUUCUUCGAAAAAGCGGAAAUCAAGGGAAAGAGAAAAACUUGUUUCAAUGCAUUUUUUUGAAAGGCAGUGUGUGAUUGUAUUUCUUGGCUGUUCUUGGCUGCUUUGAUACUUCAAGCUGAUACGACCCUACGAUUUUGCACUAUGUUGUACAUUUGUAAAGUUUU